UAUUGUCUUUGACGAAAGUUGACAGAAAGCAAGAACCACACCGUACUGCACAGUACUCACAAGUCACAACAUGUGUAUGUGUAGUGUGUACUAUCAUUGUUACAAUUUUCAAAACACAACAAGAAUCACUUCACCUCACAGUCUCACUCUCACUCUCACUCUCACUCUCACUCUCACUCAUGCAAUAAGAAGUAGCUUAAUCUAUUCACAACCAUGAAAAGCCAUCAACCAAAGCAGCUUAAAACUCAACUAUUCUCAUGUGGCUUUUUUCGACACUGCGGCCAAACAGUCCUUAGUCCCACAGCCACCGGUCCCACACCACCACCACUCCCUCUAACUCAAACUCACACUUCAACAACAUGCGAAUCUUCCACUUCAUCCUCUUCUAACUCAGCCACCACUUCUCAAAGCUUCACACAGUGGCGUUUCUCUAUUCCCACCCCCACUUCCACUCCAAACACACCCCCACUUCCUCCUCCACCACCUCUUCCUCCUUUUCUUUCCACUAUCCCCAACCUUCAAGAACUCUUCCACGUGUCAGAACUACAAUCAACUACAGACCUUAACGCUGCUCUUAACCUUCUAGAACGUUCCCUCGUUCCCAACCCUCCACAAGACCAACCACCAUGUCCACCUAACCUCAUGCGUGCACUCAUACGAAAUUUACGUGAAUCAAAACCCGCCACCAAGAUUCUAUUCGCGCUUUGUCUCUCAGAAGCCAACCGUCGUGUCGCCGUUGAAGCUGGCGCCGUUGGAGCCGUCGUGGAAUCUGCUCCUGAACUCGAAGGUGCACCAGCUGAGAGAGCUCUCGCUGCUUUAGAGCUUAUGUGUACUGUGCCGGAGGGUGCGGAGGAAGUGAGAGCUCACGCGCUAGCGGUUCCAGUGAUGGUUACUGUGAUGGGAAAAACGGGGGCGCGUGGGAAAGAGUAUGCUAUUGGUGUGUUGGCUGUGAUUUACGGCGGUGAUAUGGGGGAUAUGCAGACGGCUCCGCCAGAAGAGGUGGCGCGUGCGGUGGAGUUGGCGCUUCAAGGUGAUUGUAGUGCUAGGGGAAAGAGAAAAGGGGCCCAGCUUUUGAAGACACUGCAACAUCUUUCUCACCCCCACUCGCAUGACACAAGUUAGAGUUGGUGCGUGGUGUUCACUUGCGAUUAAAAAAUAGAUAAUAAAUGUAUCUACUACUGUCAACUUUUACCAUUUCAACUUUACUGUCAUUAUUGCUUGCUGCAUCUGCAUCAUGUUUGUAAUUGUAUCACCAUGCCUUUGUAUUUUGAAAUACUAGUAGUACAUGCUGUUUAUGGCGAUUAUGAUUUGAUAUUUU